UUGACAGACAUGGGAGAAACGACCGUAUGCGAGGAACAUUAUGGCUCGGAGAGCUUGCAGCAACGCUACACCCGAUUGGACGAUGGCACCAUCGUGAAGCGAGCCAUUGGUGGACAGAAGUUCUCUUCAGUGAUACAGUUCUUCAGGUCAGUGUUCCUGCCCCAAGGCUACCCUGAGAGUGUGAGUGAUGACUACCUGUCAUACCAAAUAUGGGACACUGUACAGGCUUUCUGCAGCAGCAUCACAGGAACCCUGGCCACCCAGGCUGUACUGAAGGGAGUGGGAGUGGGAGAUGAAACAGCCACAGCUGCGGGAGCUACCAUUACAUGGAUCCUCAAGGAUGGCACCGGUAUGCUAGGAAGGAUUCUGUUUGCUUGGAUACAGGGAACAAGCUUGGACUGUGAUGCAAAAAGAUGGAGGUUGUUUGCUGACAUUGUGAAUGAUUUCUCCAUCUUUCUGGAGUUGGUUGCCCCAGCCUUCCCUCUGUUCUUCACUGGGAUCGUGUGUGUGGCAGGGGUAGGCAAGGCUAUUGUUGGCGUAUCCGGCGGUGCAACACGAGCGGCGCUCACCAUGCACCAGGCACGUCGAGACAACAUGGCCGACGUGUCCGCCAAGGACGGGAGCCAGGAGACUCUAGUGAACCUGAUGGCACUACUAGCAGGACUGGUGGUCACUCCUCUGGUCUCAGACAAUCCACUGCUGACUUGGUUCCUGUUCUUUGUCUUCACCUGUCUGCACCUGUUUGCCAACUACAACGCUGUCACCUGUGUCGUCAUGGAGACGCUGAACCAAUCACGGCUGCACAUCCUGGUGUCGCAUUACCUCAAAACGGGCGUGGUCCUAAACCCCGCCCAGGCUAACCUACAAGAACCUGUCGUGUUUGCUCAGAAAAAAUCCACCAGAAUAAAGCUGGGAUCACCAAUGAGUUCUAUAAUACAGAGGGCACCAGACUUGGACCGUGCCAUCCACAGUAACUCUGAGGGGAGGUACCUCCUAGGCAUGUCCACUUUAACAGACAUCAACAUAGUCCUACACCAGGAAUCCUCCCACCUAGACUUCAUAAAAAGCUGUUUCCAGGCAGAAAUUAUUGACUAUGUUAUAGAACACAGGUUCUCCAAACUCCAGGUUCACUCCAGCGUGCCCUGCUAUGACCUCCAGGCACACUCACUCAUUCCUAGUGACAACGCAUUCCAGUCUAUGGUGGAACAAGCCAACCACAAAGCAUUAUGGGAGCUGGUGGACUCCUCCCAUGAGGUGGCAGCACAAGUCUUCCCAUCAUUCCAUGCAGGAUUGGCGCAUGCUGGUUGGACGACACACCGCACGCAGCUCGGUCCAGACGAAUGGCGAGCAACCUGGAACAUCCACGGUCUCUCCGACAAAAAGUCCUACUAGCAACGCUUCCAAGAUGCUGUAUAUUUAGAUUUUAUUCCAAUCCUUUAAUUUUGUAGAUCUGAAAGAUUAUAUUUAUACUUAGUAAUAAAUACUGUAUGUCAAUGAAGGUUAGACAUCCAGGUGAUGACAUACCAAAGUAACAGUUACUCAAGCAACUGGAUAGAAAAUUCAAAAUCUGCUCAGUACCUUCUCAUAAGUAACAUGUACUUAGGUACUCUUCAAGCAGAGGUUUGGGUUUGAGGUUAUUUUUGGUAUGUUUUUUUGGCUUUUUUAUCUGGGUUUCUCUUUUUGCACUGGAAUGG